AUGAAACUCCAGAGCAUAAGUGUGGAUGGGAGCGAGAGCGACUCACUCUCCAGGCAGUCUUGCACGAAGUGGAUCCCCACAAAUGAGCAGGCGAGGAUAUUGAGGGACCUCUACCACACCUAUGGAGUGAGGUCUCCUAGUGUCGAACAAAUCCAGAAAAUUUCUAACAGGCUGAGGCAGUAUGGCAAAAUUGAAGGCAAGAAUGUGUUCUACUGGUUCUCCAACUACAAGGCCAGGGAGAGGCGGAAAAAGAGGCUCUCUGCGGACAUUCCCUCCUCCUCCAACACCACCACUCCUCCAGGUGCAUGCAGUAGCACAACUUCCACUUUAGCUCUCUCCCAACUCUCAGCACCUGCUGAUGCUUCUUUCCACCUAUCGGCCAUGGCCGUGUGUUGGUUCUGUGAUGUAGGGUCUAAUGCUACUUGCUUUCCGCAUGGACCACAUGUUGUGGGGCAAAUGGGGAGCAGCGAGUGCCCUGGUUCUGUGCUUAUGGAGAAGCGCUACAAGGUAUAUCUUUAUUGCGAGCUUUUGUAUGUUGUGAUAUGCUACGAACAUGCAACUAUAUCUUAA